AUGAAUGGGUUUUGUUUGAGAACACACACACAACACAAACACAACAAGCCGUCUCCUCUCCUCCUGCUCUCUCUCUCUCUCUCUCUCCAUCUAGGGUUUCGCCUUCUUCUCUCUCUCUUUCACACAACGACGGCGCCGAUCAUCCGUCACCGCCGAUCCUCCCUCACUCCCGAUCCUCCCUCACCGUCGCUCGUACCUCACUGUCGAUCCUCCUCCCUUACCGCCGCUGCUGCCUCCCUCUCUCUCUCUCUCACAAACGACGUUGACGGUUGCUCGCCCCUCACCGCCACUCCUCCCUCACCGGCGAUCUUCCCUCACCGCCGAUUUCAAAGGGUAUUUGGUGCUCCAAGGACAACAAUGUUCAUAUUAGGAAUGAUUUCUUUAUUCAUAGGCAUUUCUUUGCUGGCACCAGACGAGGCAAAAGGGAAAGCUUUGGUUUCUCCAAUUGAGAGAUAUGCAGUUGUUCCUGAUGAUAACGUCAAAAGGAUAAAUUUUGCCGAGGGGAAGAUCUGAUUCUAGAAGUAAGGAAUUUGGAGCUUGAUUUUUGAAAUAGGCUCAAAAUUGAGAUCUUAUUGGAAAUUUUUUAAUUUUUGUAAGAGCAUUUAAAUAUUCAAUGUACUGAUUGGUGAAUUUUAGAUUUUAUUUUUUAUAUUA